AUGAGGCGAAAUGCAGGUUCAUGUGUGCUGAAGUUCAAUACAACCCAAUAUGUGGCAUUUGAUGAGUGCAGCGAUGUGAAAGAGAAUAUAUACUUGUGGGGUGAGGAUGGGUUCCCGACCUCAUUGUGCUGUCGAAAUGCUCUCACGAUUUUGUCCAAUGCGUUGGCCUCACGAGCACUGAGCUCAGGAGGACAACUGUUCCUUUCCCAAGAUCAAUGGCAGAGUUGCUCUCCGCCAUUUCACCCGCAACAAGGGAUGUCACUUGAUUCAUGUGGUUUUGACAACUUGUACCGAGGCAGUUCCAUAUGCUCCAACUUCAUUUUGCAGGAUGUUAUGAACCUGCAACAGUACCAAGACGCAUUGAGCCAGUGCUCCCACUUCGACCAACGUUUUGAUCAAUCUUGUGCAGAUUGCACCAGAGGAAUAUUGAGCGUGAGAGAUGCUUUAUAUUAUCAAGUGGGCAAAAACAAUAACGACACUGACAGAGCCAUAUGCGGGGUAGCAACUAUUGUUGCUCUUGCAGCUGGGAGACCAAACGAUCCUCUCGUUGACAAAUUCUUACGAUGCUUGCAACCUUCAGCUUCAGGAUCAGACAAGAGAGGAUCUUUGUGGAAACCCUUGCUGAGUGUGCCAGUAGUUGUGGUUACAAUAUUGCUUGUGGUUAUUAUGGUCAAAUGUUUGUCCAAGAAGAAGGGUCGUAGACAGGUUGAUUUGAAAGAGAUCACUGCGUGGUCUGGAUUGUACUGGUUCUGCAAAAGGGAAAUUGAAAAUGCCAUGAAUUAUAGUGGUCGAAAGAUAAGCCUUGGACGUGGAAGUGCAGGGCAGGUAUAUAGAGGCGUUCUACCCAGUGGUCAAAUCGUGGCCAUCAAGCAUUUAACAAAGAGUAACACCUCUGAGUCUUUCACCCGAGAAGUUGAAGGCCUUUCAAGGCUUCGCCAUCCAAACCUGGUUUGCCUCUUUGGGUGUUGCAUUGAAGGGGAUGAGAGAUAUUUAGUCUAUGAAUUUUGUGCAAACGGGAAUCUUGCUCAACAUCUCUUACGAAGAGAUAGUCACUUGACUUGGGAAACAAGAGUAAGAAUUUUGAGAGAUUGUUCAUUUGCACUCAAGUACCUCCACCAUCAUAUGGAAGGCUGUGUUGUCCAUAGAGAUAUAAAGCUUACGAACAUUCUUUUGACUGAGAGAUACCAAGCCAAACUGUCGGAUUUUGGACUGUCAAAGGUGAUGGGAAUCAAAGAGAGCAAGGUUUUUACCGAUGUAAGAGGAACCAUAGGCUACAUGGAUCCGGAGUACAUGAGUAAUGCCAAGCUAACAUGUGCCAGUGAUGUAUACAGUUUUGGUAUUGUUGCUCUACAAAUAUUGUCUGGACAGAAAGUCAUAGAGUUGGAUCUUGAUGCCAGAGAUCAGCUCACUAGGAAGGCAAGAGAUGUGAGUAUGGGAAAGCGUCCAUUGUCUGAUUUUGAAGACCCAAGGCUAAAAGGAAAGGUGGAUAAGGCAGACUUUGAAGCCAUCCUACAGAUUGCAGUGUUGUGUGUUGCCAAAUCAAGCAAAGGUCGACCAACCAUUGAGGUUGUUUUUGAAGAACUGGACAAGGUCUGGACGGACACAGAAACCAGGAUGGUUAAUGAUUUAGUUGUUGAUUAA